GAAGUGUGUAUGGAAGGCUGUGCAAGUCACAUGCAGGGAGGUGUGACUAGGGUUCAUAAACAUAGGAAUUUAACUCCUAAAUGGCAGAGGAUUGAGCAGUGAGGCUACAGGGGCAUGUUCUAUACACCAAAACUGCUUCAUUAAGCUAAAGUUGUUCAGGUGACUAUAGUGUCCCAUUAACCCCUCAUGGACCAAACUUCUGGAAUAAAAGGGAAUCGUGACAUGUCACACAUGUCAUGUGUCCUUAAGGGGUUAAGGGCACUCAUAAAGUGCAAUGGAUAAAAUAAUAUAUUAUCAAUAAAACUAAUAUAUUAUGGGUAAACAGUGCUUCAUUUAGUCAUUAAUUAUGUAGCAAAUUACUUAAAAGUGAAGAUAACAUUCAGUAUCUUUAUUUUCAUGUACACAAGGGUCCAUCCUGUCUCUCUGUACAAUACCAGUCCCCUUUGUCCCAAAGCAAAAUGACAUAAUACCUAGCUUACAGAGGGUAUAAAGUCUAUGUUGGACAUAUUGGCACAUUGUUAUAAAGCUGCUCUGGGUUCAUGAAACCUGUGAGAUCUUAAUACAAAAAAAAAAAAGAAAUUAAAAAAAAACAACAGCUUUGAUGUAUUAUUAUUAAUUGAUCCACUUCAAUAAAUGGUAAGUUCAUCAAAUUUUCACCAUUGGUAUUUAUUUGAAAAUUAUAUGGAAAUUGAAACAAAUGUCAGAAUCAAAGUUUGUUUUGUAUUUUUUUUUCUUAAUAUCUAUUCAUUAUUGUGAGUUGACAGUAGAUAAUUGUAAAUGUUAAAUUCAAAAACAGCAACAGCGAUCCUGGCAAUCUUCAGACUUAGCAGCAGCAAUCUUAAAAACACAGAAACUGCUGCACAUAAACAAUAGCACAGAAACAAAGUACUUAAUAACAAUAUAAAUAUAUAUUUAUAUAACAUUUUGAUAUUAUAAUAGAUGUUCAGUGUUUAUCUAUGUAAGUGUCUAGAUUAAAGAUUAUUUCACAUAAUAUUAGAUUAGAUCACCCUGGAAUCUGUACCCAGUCCUAGUUCAUCAGAAUGUGUGGUCCUUGAAAUCACUGAGCAACAUCCAAUAUUUACUGUGUGGACAGAAUUAAAAAACUGAAGUACCAUGCAGUCAGAGAAAAGAGGAAAAUUGGAAAAAAUAAAGAACAUAAAAAGUGGGGUGGGAGAACAAAAAAUAAAAAAGGAAAGGGGAAUGUAUCGCACAUUAAAUAAUGACAGUUGGGGAGGAGCGGAAUGAAGAGAAAUGGAAAAUGGCUUAAUGGGAAACAAGUGCAGAGGCAGUACAUGCACUGGAGACAUCUAUAACCAUUAAUGGUCACUGAAGUCAGAAGUCCUCUCACUCAGUCAUUAUGGGUUAUUGUCUCGAUAGGGAUGAAUCUUUUUACUGAUUGUAUCCAAAUAGAGAGUACAUGAUGGACCCAACUUUGUUCAUGCAACUUUGUUGACUUUGUACGAUUGAUUAUUGUCUUCUUCAAACAAUGCCAGACUUUCCUUGUACAAUAUGUCACAUUUAUAAUGUUAUGCAAAUUUCACUGCUUAAUAUUUACUAACAGAAAAACUAAAAAUAAAGAUUGUCAAAAAUUGCUAAUGUGCUUUAUGUGGGAAGAGCGUGUUCUCUUGUUUUAUUUUUUUAUAAAAUGCAGAUAGUAGAAAUUGGCACUUUUAUAAAUGAACCUUGUUACAUCCUCUUGGCUGUCAGUCAGACAACUGGUCCUGUUACUUCCAGGUAGUUUAGUUUAGAGAAACUAUUCUCAAGAGGCAGGCAAUUGCAAUGGCAAAGACUUCUCAUUGAGCUGCAUUUAAAAUUAUAUGAUUGAAGAACCACAUGUCCACAAGUUUGGUUGGAUUUAUAAGGGGAAGGCUUGAAAAGGCUGCAGACAAGAGAACUGCAGCUUUUACAAGCGGUUUUCAUAUAUUUUUUCAGGGCCCUGUGGACCUUGCCCUCGCCCCACACUCUCUGGCAUGCAAUAAUGCCCUCCAAACCAGCUCAGUGGCAGAACUAAGGCACUUAUGCAGAAAGGACCCUGGUGCAAGAAAAAUGUUUUAGGUCCCCCUCUAGCGCAUGAGUGGAGAAAUGAUAGAGCCCCAUUUUUCAUUUAACUCCCAUAAUGCUAUGUCAGCUGGGGAUCUACCAUUUGGCCAUCCUUGCAGGGUUGUAUUUGUGAACAGUGUUUGUGCAUUUGAAUGUAAGCAUGUUUUUGUGUAGCGUUUGUAUAUGUAGAGGUGUUUUUGUAUGUGUUGUUACCAUUGGAAUGCAGUGGUGUACAAGUAAGUAGUGUAGGACUGAACCGCAAAAACAUUUUGUUUAUUAAAAGCUAUAUUAUGUAUUGGCUGUUGAUAGUAACAAUGCUUAACAAUUAUAAAAAAAAAACAACCAUGAAAACAAGUCCACUGAUGGCAAUGAAAGGGUUAAAUACAUAUAUUGUUCACUUUAGAUUUAUGUGAAUAAUACUGGUCAGCCACAACAUUAAUGUUACCUUCCUAAUACUGUGUAGGUGCUUCUCGUGCUGCCAAAACAGAACUGAUGAGUAGAGGAAUGGACUCCACAGCAACUCUGAAUUUGUGCUGUGGUAUCUGGCACCAAGACAUUAGCAGCAGUCCUUUAACUCCUGCAGGUUGCAAGGUCAGACCGCCAUAGAUCAGUUUGCUCAGUUAGAUUAAGAUCUGGAAGCCAAGGCAACACCUUGGACUCUUUGUCAUGUUCCUCAAAGCAUUCCUGAACAUUUUUUGCAUAGUGGCAGUGUGCAUUAACCUGCUGAAAGAGACCAAGGCCAAAAAGGAAGAGCAUUGCCACAAAUGAGUGUACAUUCUACGCAGCAAUAUCUAGUUUGGUGAUACAUGUCAACGCAACAUCCAUAUGAAUGCCAGGACCCAAAGUUUACCAGCAGAACGUUGCCAAGAGCAUAAGACCUCCUCCACCAGCCUUCUUCCCACAGUGCAUCCUGCUGCCUUUUCAUCUCCAGGUAAACAACAUAAAUGCACCCAGCCAUCCACCUUAUCUAAACUAAAACAAAUCUCAGUUUCAGUUGAAUAGUUUCUCAAGUCAACACACAAUGUGUUGACUAUUAAUCAUCUGUUUCAAAAAAAUAUUCUGCUAUAUUAUUACGUUAAAUAAGCAUUACUUUCCAGUAUAAUUUUGCCAUUCAGAUUUAAUUAACUACAAUUUACAAUUUAUUGAGUAAUUAUAUUUGUUCACAUUUUUGAGAGAGGGAAACUUUUAUCCAUUAAGAUAUCACAUGCUUUUUUUUAUUAAAGCACUAAGAAAUGUUAAUACAGACUUAAAUUAUAAUGUUAAAACAGUUUUUUCUUUAUUCUUUUUGUUUGUAGAUGAUCAUGGAAAUAAACCAGACAAUGGUGACAGAAUUCAUACUUUUGGGAUUUCAGAACCCUCCACUUUUUAACACUAUAUUAUUUAUUGCAAUUCUUGUUAUCUACUUUUUUACAGUAGCUUUAAAUUUUCUUAUCAUCUCACUGGUGGCAACAGUCCCGAUUCUGAAAUCUCCCAUGUAUUUCUUCCUUAGUCACUUAUCCGCAUCCGAUAUCUUGGUCACUACCAAUAUAACUCCUAAUAUGCUCCGUGUUAUUUUACAUGUAGAAAGCACAAUAUCUCUUACUGGCUGCAUUACACAGUUUUAUUUUCACUGUCUAUCAUCUGCCGCAGAGACCCUUUUCCUUACAGUGAUGUCCUACGACCGAUAUCUCGCUAUAUGCAAACCAUUACAUUACACUUCCAUCAUGGAUAUCUGGCUUUGUCUCCAUUUGGCCGUUUGGUCUUGGAUUUUAUCAUGUACAGUGUCAAUACUCAUUGCUUCUCUAAUACAUCAACUAGUGUUCUGUGGACCUCACAUAAUUGACCAUUAUUUCUGUGAUUUUAUUCCUCUUCUGCAAUUGUCUUGUUCAGAUUCCACCAUUGUUAAAUUGACAGAUAUUGUAUUAACGAUACCACUUGUAAUUCUCCCCUUGUCUUUCAUCUUUUACACAUAUACCUCUAUUUUCAUAACGAUCUCCAGAAUUUCCACCAGCAGUGGGAAACUGAAAUCUUUCUCCACCUGCAGCUCUCACUUGAUUGUAGUGAGUAUAUACUAUGGAACUCUAAUAACAAUAUACAUGGCCCCAUCUAAUAAUUCUUCAUUUGACGUCAAUAGGACUAUUUCGCUCUUAUAUACAGUGGGAACACCACUUUUCAAUCCAAUUAUUUACUGUUUAAGGAACAAAGAUAUUAAGAACGCAGUGAGGAAAUAUCUCAAGUAGAACAAUACUACAUUGCAUUACAUUAUGCAUUCUUUUUUGUAUAAAGUGAUGUAUUUUACAGACUAUUUAACCAUGUAACUAAUCACAUAGACAGUUGUCUGUGCACUGAUAGUUGUAUUAAUAUUUGCUUCUUUUAUAUUCAUAAAUUCUAGUUAUGUUAUUUUUCCUACUAUUUUGGUUAUUUCAUGGCUAACAAUCACAAACAAAUAUUACGUUUGUAAAAAUGGGAAUACUUGUUAAUUUUCCAUCCUCCUCCAUUUUGUUAGAUGAUCAUUUUUUCUGAAGAAGAUCCCCGGAGGCCCAUCCACAGCCAUUCUCUACAUCAUAAAACAUUUAUUUUUACUUGUGUAAAACAUUCAAUUUUAAGAGAGGAUUUAUCUAAUUUACAAUGUUUUCCUAAGAGAGCUUGGAGCCUGUAACAUAUCAUGGUGGAUAUAAAGGUAACAGACAUUCUGCGAUAUAAAUAUAGUAAUGUCACCAUUAAGCAGAAGCCAACAACCUUGAUAAAUAAGCAAAUUAGUUUAUCACUGCUCUAGACAGAAAUAAGAGACCAUCUGCUUCUGGAACCUUUCAAACCCAUUUGUGGCUGACCAAUCACUGACUUCCCAAAGUAGCUCAAUGAGAUGUCUUUGUGAAGCAGGUGCUCUGUAUAAUUCCUUUCUCUUGAGUUUAGCUCCUCUAGGCUGAACUACCAGGAAGUAUCGAGAUUAGCUGUCUGAUUGAAAACCAGGAGAAUGUAACAAGGUUAAUUUAUAAAAGUCCCAAUUUCCACUAAGAUCUACACUUUUUAAAAUGAAUAAAGAGGACACACUCUGUACACAGAAAGCAGUGCUUAUAGGAAUGCAUAUUGCUGAGAUCCUCUGCCUUUAAACAUAAUUUUACCACAUGACAGGAAGCUUCAUAUUUUGCAUAUAACUCUCUUUACUCACUCCACAUAGCAGUAAAGAAAAGUGAAAGCAUUAACCAAUCAAAAAUGCAGUAGGAGAUAUAAUAUUCACAGUGAUGAGGCUCCUCCCCCUCUUUCUUUACUGCUCCAUCAGCAGACAGGUCAGAGUUUCAGGCUCUUCCCUUUAUAUAUACUGUAUUCCUAUAUUAUAUGUUAUAUUAUUUUACUUUAUACCAUUUUUUUCUUAGGGGACUUCUCCCUCCUGUCCUGGGGGUUUUUAUUCAGUUAUUAUUAUGUCUCACUAUGUGUUUUUAUUCUAUUUUGUCUCUGCUCGUUCUUCUUAGGGGUUUUCUGUGAUCCCUUUUUCUCUCUUCGUUUUCCCCCGUUUUUCCGCUGGCCUCCCAGCCUAUUUCCCUCAGGGUAACGCUCACCCUGCUCCUAAUACUCCCUUGCGGCUCCGAAGCUGCUUUUUAGAUCGCCGGCACGCCGGGAAACCUCUUUCCCGGCUCCCCGGCGGCCAUCUUGGAUCUCGCGUCUUGCGAGAUUCUCGGCCGCCAUUUUGGGAGUCCCGCGGGCUGCGCAGUGCCGACCGGCGCCGCAACCCGCUCGUUCCCAGACACCCACACACAUCCCGGCUGGCUGGGGUGUGUUAUACUGUUCUGUGCUGACGGCUUGUAACCUUCAAAGAAGUACAGCUGGCAGGGGUCACUGGCGUUUUUUAUUAUAAGGAUUCAGAUGCUGCUGGCCCUAUUGAGUGGUGAGUCCACUAUUAUUAUUGAUUUACUGGGUGGAUUUUGUGCCACCUACAAUUCUAACAGGGUGAGUCCCUUAUUUCACUGCUGCCAUCAGGUGGAUUUUGUGCCACCUAUAUAUAUGUAUAUGGUAAGGGGCAUCCCAACCCCAUCUUAACACCAGAUUGAGUGGAUUUCGUGCCACCCUCACUGUCAUAUACAUUUCUGGGUGAGGCCCAGCAAGAAAACCCAAUUUACACUGCUGGGGUCUCUGGUACUUCUUGUACCUGUGCUACCACACAUCCUGCUGGGGUGUUGUUAUUAUUAUUACUGAAUCCAUACUCUACUACCUGACCCAUAGCCCAUCUGCCCUGUGCCAACACCAAAAUCACUAUGGAAGCAUCCCAAACCCCUGCGGACUUCCAGUCUAUGAUUGCAGACGCCAUCUCCGCCUCUAUGGAGUAAGCGCUGUCCAGGGUUAUGUCGGCAUCUACCGACAAAACUAAAAAAGCCACGCUGGCCUAACCUCAGGAUGAAGACUCUGAGGCCUCUGAGUCACACGUACAGGCGGAUUCACGCCCCACCAAACGUCACUGGAAAGGUGAGAAAGCGGGCGAUCAAUUCGACUCUAGCAUGAUCAAAGAGUGGGCACAUGAUAUUAGAGAAAGGGCACAACGGUGCUUCUGUUUUGUUGGUAACACCAACGUAGCCCUCUCCUCUGAGAGGCGCAAGGCAGCUUUACUACGUAUGGACGGAAAACUGGUGGAUUUGGGCACCAAAGAGUUGGGACCGUUGGCACAGGGCAAACUGUUCGGAGAACCUUUCUUAAAAGAGCUGAACAAGCAUGUUAACAUCUUUACAUCCCUCAAUAAGGCUCAGACGUCUAUGAAACGAGUCUUCAGAGGCUACUCCAGUCAAGGUGUUUUUGGACGGCCUGGCCGCUACAGGGGCCGAGCAGCCAGCCCACAGCCUUUCUACCCAGAAGUGGGCUUCAGGAAACCCUUCUCCUAUACCCGAGGAGCAGACCGAGGCAGAGGACCUUGUAACCGUGGCAGAGCACGCUUCCCCACAGGUAAGCAAUUUAGUGUCUCUAGUUUCACUUACCCCUUACACUGCAGGCC